UCGCUCCCUGGUUUGUUAUUUACAUCAUGGCUGCCAGUGGGAGACAGGAUACUGGGAAUGAAAAUGACAACAAUAUACAAGCAUGGAAACGCAAGACAGAAAAGGCAAAGAAAUCAGAUAUCUUCAAAGAACUCAAUAAGCUGCGUGUACAGAUCGUUGCCCUUGACAGAGAAAAAUCAACACAUCUGUAUAGCAAGAGAAAUGACUUCCGUCAAGAAUUUCUUCCACUACAAGAAAUGGAAACCAAGGCUACAGAAAGUCGAAAAACAGAACAAAUCAAAUUAAAACAGCAGCUUGAGAAGAUCAGCCAUAUGGUCAAGAGAUUUCAUACAGAACUCAAGGAUGUGAAGCCCACACCAGAAUUCGUAGAAAAGCUAAAAAUCAUCAUGGAAGAAAUAGAAAGCACUAUAAAUGCGUUUAAGGAGCAACAGAGAAAACAAUAUGAGGAGUUGAUGCGAGAGGAACGGACAACUACGCAGGAGAUCCUGGCCCUGGAGAAGAAGUUUGAGGUAUGGACUCAAAUGGGAGAUGAUUUACCAUCAGCCAGGAAGGUAGCCCCCUCUGCUCCUUUGGCUAGCGCUAGGGACAUCACCAAGGAUCUUCCUCCAGAGGUGGCCGCAUUUGAGAAAUUCCUUGAGCAGACAGGUGGCAUACGAGGAGGAUGGGACGAAUAUGAUCAUCAAACAUUCCUUAAGUUUAGACAUAGAAACAAGGGUCGGCCAGCCUUCCUGCAGCAAUGUCUCAUAUCUAUUCCAACUCGUACUGAGGAAGAGAUUAUGAACCAUGAGGAAUGGUACCAAACUUACUUAGACAUGAAUGAAACCAAGAAAGAAAGCAUACGCAAAUGGAAGGAUAGAAAACAGCGAGAAAAGGAAGACCUUUUAUCUGUAGCUGAUGAUAGUCUCAACAACAAGAAGAAGAGAGAAGAGGAAAAACAACAAGCCAUGAAAGAAAGAAUGGAGGAUGAGAAAAUGGGAAGAUUUUCAAAACUGAAUGCAUGGAAGGUUCAGAAAGAAAUUGAAAGGGCAGAAGCAGAAGAAAAGAAACUUAGAGAACAACUUGAGAAGUCCAAGAAAGUGGGUGACUUCAAAAAACGACAGACCGAAAUGAAGGCUCAGGUGGAGGAAUACAGAAAAAAACGAGAAGAAGAGGACGAGUUUGUAAGGAUCCAGCAGGAGGCAUGGGAACAAGAGCAGAAAGAAAGACAAAAGCAGAUCUCGGCCAGAGAGAUAUCCAGGUUUAGAGAGCGGGAUCAGAAAUCUAUGGGCGAAAAAUUGAAGAAGGAUAAAAUAAAAGAAGAAGAACAAAGAGAAAAAGAAAAACGCUUAGCUCGAUUAAAAAGUCAGGUGGAGAUAGAGGUUGAUCGUGACCCCAACAGACUUCUACAGCCCACUGCUGGCUGGAAGUCAAGGACCAAGGAGAUUGGCCCAAGUGGUUCUGGGCAGGUGAUGCAUAUGCAGCACAGAGCUAUUCCUUCCUGGAGACAAGGUUUACAUUGAUAGUAUUGAUGUCAUUGAUACAAUACACCUUCAGCCAGACUGUAAAUCAACAAUGUGGGGACCAAACUCGGAACAUUUAUAAGAACCAUUUCCUGUGAUAUGUUAUUACAUCCAAAAUAAAUUGACUUAUUUGUA